AUGACGCGUCAAAGGCGGAAGUCCAUGCAGAUUGCGGAGACAGAAAGGUCAUUAUUAUUAUUUUUUAAAGAAUUUGAAGAUGCUGAAAACCUGCUGGCUGCCAAUCGGGAUGCAACCACCAUCAGCAUUGGGGAUCCGAACGACAAGCCGAGCAACCAGCGGAGAAGUGCAGGGAAGACCCCCAGACAGGAGGAGGAUCUCCUAGGGAAUGAAGACUCGGAUAAAACGGAGCUGCUCGCUGGUCAGAAGAAGAGUGCUCCCUUUUGGACGUUUGAAUAUUACCAAACAUUUUUCGACGUGGACACAGAUCAGGUCCUGAAUAGAAUCAAAGGGUCCGUUUUGCCACUGCCUGGGAAAAACUUUGUCCGCCUCUACAUCCGGAGCAACCCGGAUCUCUACGGACCCUUCUGGAUUUGUGCCACCCUGGUGUUUGCCAUCGCCAUUAGUGGAAACAUCUCCAGUUUCCUUGUGCGUCACGGCGACCCUCAUCAUCACUAUGUGCCUGAAUUUAGGAAAGUGACCAUUGCGGCCACGGCCAUCUACAGCUACGCCUGGCUGGUGCCUCUCGGUCUCUGGGGCUUUCUGAUGUGGAGGAACAGCAAAGUGAUGAGCAUAGUGUCGUAUUCCUUUCUGGAGAUCGUCUGCGUCUACGGCUACUCUCUGUUCAUAUACAUCCCCGCAGCGGUCUUGUGGGUAAUUCCCAACGAGACGGUGCGAUGGGUGUCCAUC